AUGCAUCACCAUCGGCCCCCACCGUUAGCUAGCACAUCCCAACCACUUAUAGGCAUGACAUCUGCUCAGAACCUCCAGCUUGAUGUAUUGAAGGAGAUCUUCGAGUACCUUGCCGCUAUAUCUGAGCCCCGGUGGCGCAACGAAGGCAGUUCUACAAGAUUUGAUCUUGGUUGGAUAUAUGCCGCGCACGUCUGUCGCCGUUGGCGUGACGUAGGGCUGGACCUGGCGCAACUAUGGGCUGCGCACGUGUGCAGCCUGCCUAAUGUUCACGCCUCGGAAGACCUUCUGAAGCGCACAAAGUCAUGCCCACUCAAGAUCGAGGUCUUAUAUGGCAGGACUCAGCUGCCGAGAAUACAUUUUGCUCUUCGCAAUCUCGACCGGGUGGAAAGUAUCACCUGUUAUCCCUCUUACGAUUGGGAGGAGGCUCUUCGAGAGCGGGGCCGUCUUCCCUUGCUGCGACAUUUACACUUAUCUCAAGACAUCGCGUACGAUCCCGCCACUUUGAUCCUGGAUGCACCUCUCUUGCAAACAGUCUCACUGGAGAACGCGAUAAUGAUGCCCUCCCCAUCGUCAGCAAUCUCAUAUUCAAGUCUUCGGAGUCUAUCCAUCACGGGCGUAAACUCUUCACCCACGCCCGCAUGGGAGAUACUGACGCUACUCUCUCGCACACCGCAUCUCCAACACCUCUACUUGCAAUUGCUGAGAAGGCACUCGAACGGCAACGGGCAAUGGGAACACUAUAAUGGGAAGCCAGUACACCUCGCACACUUGGAGACAGUGAGGCUUAUUGGUGGGUGGAAAACGGAUGUGGCCGGGUUUUGGUCCCACAUACGCGCACCAGGCGACGUCGAUGCCGACUUUUCGUUUCAGCGGGACUCACCUGUGGGGAUCAUGGAGGCCCUAAGCUGUCAACUUCCAAGCACUAUGCACGAUACAUGCACUAUCAUCAUAGAGCCUCAACUCGAGCGCCAAGCUGUGUCGUUUUCAUCUUCAAACAUCACUCCUGCAGGUCAUCGCAGUCAGGUCAAGAUAAACUUCGGGACUCGGGGCAUCGAGGAAAUCCUGUCGCUUCUCAGCCGUCGUCCACAGAUGGACCGAAUCCGCUCAUGCGUUCUACGGCUCUCCCAACCGCGUUUCUCAAACAUUGAACUCGUUCUUGUUACCUUCAUUCGCAAACUCCCCUCUGUCACCAAUCUGUUGUUGGAUAUGGGUGACCGAGGCAGCUUCGAUCCCUUCAUCCAUCAUCUUGUUGAUCCAGAGACGACAACGAUUAUCUUCCCCAAACUGCGCACUCUUUCGGUGCGAUUCAACCCAGAUGUUAUCCGCGGCGACCCGGGACUACUAUAUGUCGAGUGGUGGUCCUCCCUGUGCGACAUGCUAGCGCGUCGCUCCGACGCCGGCAUGAAGUUGAAAGAGCUGAGGCUCGUUGGGCAAUGGAGUUGGACGGCCGAGGAGGUGGCGACAGUUGAUGGGGAGUUGAUGAGUGCUUUGCGCGAUUCUUCGUCGGUGGAGGAGCUGGUCGAUGAGCGUUCUUGGAGGCCAUCAUUAGUAGACAGCAGUACACCGACAGUCAGUGUGCAUUAG